AUGAGCGGAUCCAAGUGGUUCAUUGUUUCCUGCUUACUUCUAACCGCCAUUUCGUAUUCUUCAUAUUAUCUGUUCGCCACCAACUCGUGGAUUAAAACUGUGAAAACACAAACGUACACGAGAUUCUACGAGUUGGUGCGGGAAAAUAGAGUUUCCCAAUUGGAAACCUUACAAAACGAAGCAAAUCAGACAGGGAAGCCAUUGAUUCCGCCAUUUGUAGACUUUGAAAGAGAGUACGCGGUAAGCGAUCUUUCUAAUUUUAAAAUUUCACCUUUUUUCAGAUAGCGCCCAAAUAUAACAUCUCCAUCUGCCGUAUCAAAAAGUCAAUGUCCACGUUAAUGUCCGGAGUGGCUUGUGUUCUGUACGACACCGCAAAGUUUAUGAAGAACAACAGAAGCAUUUUGGAGGUUUGGAGUCGAAGGUAAGAAGGUUAAUGAAUAACUUUUAAAACAUAUUAUCGACAUAAGAUUUUGUGCAUCGAAGAACGAGUACAGAAAACUGAACGAGGUGAAGUGGCGAAUGGGAGAUGCCCAUCACACCUACACCAAACUCGCCGUGAUCCGAGACCCGAUUGCCAGAUUCAUUUCGUUCUUCUCCAACAAGUGCAUUUUGUAAGUUCACAGUUUCUGAAGGAUAUUCCCAUCUUUCUCUUUCUCAGUGAAGCCCAAAAGUAUCCAGAACGGAAGCAAUGCUAUAAUUGUCAAGGAAAUGUGACGUGCUUUUUGGAAAAGCAAUAUCAACGAUUUGUGCAGCACGCUAGUGAUUACUCGAGACUCCGGCCUUCUUAUGAGGAUCGGCAUGCUGCUCCGUUGUCUUGGUAAGAAAAAUUUCACGCCAAUUGAACUUCCCAUGACCGUUAUGAACAGAAAAGGCCACGCGUUAUAGCCUUUCAAGCUACUAUCUUCUUAAAAUGUCACGUGAAACUUUUUUCAGGAACUGCGAAUUCGGAAGGCAUUUGAAUGAGUACAAGAUUGUAAAGCUGGCAGUUGACCCGAAAGAUCGGAAGAAUGGAUUGGACAGAUUAAUGGAUGUGCUCGCGGAGAAUCACGUUCCCAACGCGACCAUCCAAUACAUUGAGAAGUCGGCACUGGACGGAGAAACGCAGCACGCCACUUACGACUCCGACGCCCACCACGUGGUGAAGAAGCAGAUUGAGAGUGACAAAAUCAUUAGGGAAUGGCUGAAACGAAUAUAUUAUCUGGACUUCAUCAUAUUCGACUUUGACAGAAAACUCAUAGAUCGUUGAGACUCGCACACGUGCACCCUUCAAAAAAAUUUAAAAAGUCUCUCCCGGCCUUAGCUUUUGCUCAUCGAUCUCUAGCCCUUUUUCUCCUCCUCUUCUCUCUUCACUAUAUAUACAAUUUAGGCGCCAAAUGUUCUAUUCCCAGUCAAUUCUAUUUCAAAUUUUUUUUGUUCCUUCUUCUUUUUCUUACUUUCACGUUCAUCAAAAAGACAACAACUGUCCGUGUCUGUCUGUCGUCUCGUGACCCGUCGUGUUCUUUUCGUUUCGUUUACACUCUUCUCUCGCUUUGCAUUGCAUCGCAAAUGAUCAUUUGGUAUCAAUUCGAUUUGUUCUCGUGUCUAUUAUACUCUUCCAAUAAACAUUGCUCUCAUGCUUUCACUCUUUUAGGUCAUGUCCGUGGAGGACACUAUUUUCGGGUACCCAGUGUACCCAAAAUUCAAGCUUGGAGAGCCUAGAUUCCCCCAGGACACCUUCCUCGGCAGAUAUCUUCAUUGUCUCGAUGUCAUAGACCCAAGAACUCUUUUUGCUUCCCAUGUAAGAUUUUAAAGCCGGAAUUGCAUGCCAGAACAAUCGUGAAUGCAAUUGGUCAACGAAGACCUCGUCAAAUUUAAACUUUUGGUGAUGCCCCGAAUGGGAACUGCCCGAAUCAGAACUGCGCCAGUAUCAGAACUCUUCAAGCUAGAACUGAUACUAAUCAGAACUGAUCAAAUUAAUACCACCCUGACAAUAUUAUUUCCAAGAAAACCGAAAAUGAAUAGGGAAGCCUCUGAUCCAGAUUCUCUGCUUUUUUCUGCUUCUAUUUUUUUGUAUUUCUCUUUCUUCUUCUUCUUCUGUGUCUCUUACUUUCUCUCUUUCUUUUUUCUCGCAAUUUUGUGCAUGGUUUCAACAAAUUCUACUUUUUUACGAAUAGUUGCGCAAAAGUUGCUCGUUGUAAACAAUUUUUGAGCAACGCGUAACCAAAAAGUUCAAUCGCUUUCUAAGAUUUUCUCUCGUUCUCUUUUUCUGCUUAUUCACAAUAUUUUUUCUGCUUCACACUUGCUUUCGUUACCAAUGAACUGUUUCAUUGGCGGUCCAACAUAAUAGAGCUGGGCAGAAUAGAACCGCAACACAAUAAAACAGGCCUCAAUAUAACUGUUUGGAGCCUUUCUGUGGAAUAAUUGUUUCGUAGAAAAAGAUAAUUUUUGAAUCUCGCGAUCGAUUUAUUGCAUUCAUUAAUUUCACUUCCUUCGUGAUCCCUCUUCUCUACGGUAACGAAAACCCACAGAAAAUAAUUUUAUUGUACUAUCAAAAAGGAAAGGAAACCAAUUUUCUAGGUAUAAACCGUGGUCUUCUGCUUAAUUGUUCGAGAGACGAAAAAUUUUGCGAAAGUUAAUUGAAAGAAACGGACAAAAUGCUCAUAUAAAUACACAAACAGUUCUAUUAUAUCGCGGCUCUAUUGUGUGGCGGUUCUAUUCUGCGCAGUUCUAUUCUGCCCAGUUCUAUUAUGUUGGACCGCUGUUUUAUUUGAAUGUCUAGCUGUAUCUAGAAUACCUACAAUACGAAAAUUAACAAGGUAACAAAAUGUGUUAGCGUAGAAAAACGCUUUCAUGUUCUAAUUUAGGAAGUAUUGCCAUAAGGAGUUCUGAUUCGGGCACUUCGCAUUCAUACCAGUUCUAAUUCGUGGCCGUUCUGAUUUGGGCAGUUCCCAUUUGGGCAGCACCACACUUUUAGAGUGUUACAAAACGGUACAACAUCUAUAGUAUUCAGAAGAAGCUUGAAGACUCACUCCAACUUCUGGAUGCAUACAAAACUGGAAAUGUGGGUGAUACUUCAGACAAAGCUCUGUGGGAAGCUCAAAAGUUGAAACAAGCUGUUCUUCAUCCGGACACAGGAGAGAAAGUGCUGCCUCCCUUCCGAAUGAGCGGUUUCGUACCGUUCGGAUGGAUUACUGUAACAGGAAUGCUUCUGCCCAACCCCUCAUGGCCAACUCUUUUGUUCUGGCAGUGGAUGAAUCAGUCUCACAACGCAUGCGUCAACUAUGCUAACCGGAAUGCUACGCAGCCGCAGCCAAUCUCAAAAUACAUCGGAGCUUACGGAGCAGCAGUCACUGCCGCGUGCUCCAUUUCGGCCGGACUGACCUAUUUCAUCAAGAAGGCCUCGUCUCUUCCACCAACUACUCGCCUUGUCAUUCAGGUAAACGUCUUCCACUCUUCACUUCAAGCCAUCGGUAAGUGUUCAGAGAUUCGUUCCUCUGCCUGCUACGUCACUGGCCUCCUCGCUCAACGUCAUCUGCAUGCGGUGGAACGAGUUGGAGACUGGAAUCCAGGUCUAUGAGAAGGAAACGGGGAAAGUGGUGGGCGUUUCGAAGACGGCCGCCAAGCAAGCAGUCACUGAUACCACGAUGGUCCGAGCAUUCCUCCCGGUCCCUCUUCUGCUCAUCCCGCCGUGUGUCAUGCCAUUCCUUGAGAGGUGAAAAGAAGGAAAUUUAUAUAAAUUUAAUGUAAAUGUCAGGUUUAAAUGGGUCACGAAGACUCAGGUCCGUCACAUAUUUGUGAACGCCGUCAUUUGCACUCUUUCGUUCGCCGUCAGUCUUCCAGUUGCCUUGGCUCUAUUCCCACAAGAAAGCGCUGUGAAUUUCAAUCUUUCUUGAGACUGACCUCUUUUUUGGCUUUUCAGAUUUCCACGUCACUCCUCGAGCCGGAACUUCAACAAAAGACGAGUCAUUCCCAAUUGUACUAUAACAAGGGGCUUUAA